AUGAUGACUCCCAAUCUUCGGUGGCUGAAUAAUGAGGGACCUGAUGCCCUACAUGCUGGGAUCUCGUUUGGGAUGCCCUGGUCCCGAGGCCUGUACCGGACCGGCCAAACUUUCGUUAUCGAGGGGGAUGGGACCCAGUGGCCCCUGGAUUCACGUGAGCUUGCUUACUGGGCAGAUGGCUCACUCAAAUGGACUGCCCAUUCCGUCAGCGGCGACAUCGGUUAUAGCAGAGAGUAUACCGUCAAGGGAGCACAGUGGCCCAGUGAGCCAAGACAAGAGAUUCGAAUUGUGCAAAACGCCGCGAAUAUGUCCUUGAAAACCUCGACAGGUCUUGUUCUCAAUUUUGUGCCUUGGUAUGCUCCUAAAGAUAAGUCGUUGGUCUUGCAAAGUGUCGUCGUUGAUGGGGAUGUUGUGUGUUCCGGGGCCACUGUGGUCGCAACAAUCAAUGGCGAAGUAUACGACACGGUCGUGAAUUCCACCAAUGUGGAAACUUCCACCUCUACGAGAGUCGUUAUUAAAGUUUCCGGGGUUGUGGAAAAUGAAGAGAAGGAGGCCCAUCUACCGUUCGACAUGCGAUUCUACGUCUACGCAGACGCGUCAUCUGUCAGGAUUGUUCAUUCAUUCGUUCAUGAUCUCGACUCCGAUCAACCUCUUACAUCUCUUGGCCUGCGAUUUUUUGUGCCAAUGAAAGACACCGAGCAUUACAAUCGUCAUAUCCGCCUCGGAGGGCCAGAUGGCGGCGUCUUGAAUGAGCAAGUCAAAGGUCUAUCUGGACUACGACACGGACCGACAAAUCAGAGCCGAAUGGACCAGGUAGCUGGCAGACAUCUCACUGUAAACUCCAUAGACUGGUCCAGGACUGAUCUCUCGAGGGGCCUAUCAUACAUUCCAUCUUGGAGCUCAUAUUCGCUCAGCCAGUUGUCUUCCGACGGUUUCACCAUCAAGAAGCGGACAAAGCCUGGAUGCUCUUGGGUAAAGGUCAAUGGGGGUGGAAGAGCCGACGGAACCGCAUAUGUGGGCUCGACUGAACAAGGAGGAAUCGCCAUCGGUAUGUCCGAUUUCUGGGAGCGCUAUCCGACACAACUUGAUUUGGAUAACCUAGCCUCGGAUGAGGCAUCCACGACAAUUUGGCUGUACUCUCCCUCUGCGGAGCCGUUGGAUACGACGCCGUAUCACGAUAGCCUUGGCCUGGAUACCUAUGCUGAGCAGCUCGAAGCUCUAAACGUGACUUACGAAGACUACGAACCCGGAUUUGCCACAGCGUAUGGCAUCGGAAGAAGCAAUCAAAUAUUCCUAAGGCCUUUCCGAAACGUGCCUUCGAAUUCUGUCUUCAGUUCUUUCUCCUCUAUCGUACGUAAUCCACCCCGUCUGGUAGCCACUGCAACACAUAUGCACGAAGCCAAUGCUUUCCACGGGUGCUGGGCCCCUGAUUUCCGCACGUUGGGCCGAACACCCUCAGCCAGGGAGCUGGUUAUUGAGAAUAAUCUCAACAUGUUGUUCAACUACUACCACAAACAGGUUGAGCAAAACCGAUGGUACGGAUUCUGGGAUCACGGGGAUGUCCAGCAUACUUACGACAUACAUCGGCAUGCUUGGCGUUAUGACGUUGGAGGCUUUUCCUGGGACAACUCUGAGCUUUCAACAGAUUUAUGGCUAUGGCUGUAUUUCUUGCACACGGGGAGAGCAGAUGUCUUCAAGAUGGCGGAAGCGAUGACGCGUCAUACGGGAGAGGUAGAUGUUUAUCAUACUGGGAGAUUCAAAGGGUUUGGAACAAGACAUGGCGUUCAGCACUUUAGCGACAGCUCCAAGCAACUUCGGAUAUCGAACGUGUUAUACCGGCGCAUCUACUACUACCUCACCGGAGACGAGCGGACUGGUGAUUUGAUUUCGGAGCUUCAAAACUGCGGAAAUGCUCUUCUGGGAUUAGAUUCGCAUCGCAAGGUACAGGAGCACGCAAAGAUUCCGGCCGGCUUUGCUAUGACCAACAUUGGUUUGGACUGUGGUCCUCUUUUCGCGUCUUGGCUAACUUCAUGGGAGCAACGAGGAUAUGAGUGGGGCCACUGUCAAGAGCUUCUCCUCAAAGUACUCGAUGGAAUCUCUGGGCUGAAACAUGGAAUCGGAAACAACGCGAUUUUGCUAAACCCCGAAACUGGCGAAGUUCGAGAAUGCCCUCCUCCAACACCAGAUUAUGCCAUUUCCCAUCUAUCUAUGUUGUUCGGGUUCCCCGAGAUUGUCGCGGAACUUUGUCACUAUCUCCGCGAAGAAAGCCCCGCUACCGUGAAGUCUUUUAUGAAAGUCUGGCUCGCCUACUGUCGGUCGUAUAACGGUGGUCCAAAUGUCCAGCACAAAGAAUUUGGCUUCGAGUUUCCUGAACAUGCAACUUGGAGACAAAGUCAUUCUACCCUCACGGCCUUCGCAGCCGUGGAAGAUAACUGUAGUGUUCUCGCAAAGAUGGCUUGGGAUCAGUUUUUCUACACUGAUGGAUAUACAUUUCACCAAGAUUGGGAUGUUGUCAAAACUUUACCUCCAGAAUAUUUCACUAGUGGCGAGGAAGCGAAGUGGGUGAGUACUAAUGAGACAGCCCGCUACGGAAUUUCUGCUAUCUCGAACCUAGCGAAUAUUGGGAAGUUUAUUUGGCCACAGGAGACUUAG